UGAGUGUGUGGAGACGCGGUUCGAGGACAUGUAAGUGGCGUCGGCCUCAGCUCUCCAAAGCUGUUGUGCUUUGGCUGGGAGAGGCGUGGCGCACUCUGCCCCCUCCAGGACCGACAACCACCUGUAUGGAUGACCGGACCUCGCGCGUGAUCCAGCCCCGCUCGGCCGCCAGGCACAAAGGGAGCCACGCGACCGACGGCCGUGGUUAUGCCGAGGUGGAGAAGGGCGUCAUGACGGCGGAAAACAUGCUGGAGGAGCCCGCCGUCCUCUCGGCGCCUCACCUGUCGGUGGAUCGAUACGCGCGCGGCCGGCAGGGAUGCUGCGAGAGGGUGGUCCUCAACAUUUCGGGCUUACGCUUUGAGACGCAACUUAAAACUUUCAACCAGUUCCCAGACACGCUGCUGGGGGACCCCAGGAAGAGGAUGCGCUACUUUGACCCGCUGAGGAACGAGUACUUCUUCGACAGGAACAGACCGAGCUUUGAUGCCAUCCUGUACUUCUACCAGUCAGGAGGGCGCAUACGGAGACCUGUUAACGUCCCCAUUGAUAUUUUCUCCGAGGAGAUCCGGUUCUACCAACUUGGAGAGGAGGCUAUGGAGAAAUUCCGCGACGAUGAAGGGUUUAUAAAAGAAGAGGAGCGCGUGUUGCCCAAAAGAGAUUUCCAAAAGCAGGUUUGGCUUUUGUUUGAGUAUCCUGAAAGCUCUGGACCGGCGCGGGGGAUAGCCAUAGUUUCAGUGCUUGUUAUUUUGAUUUCAAUCGUUAUUUUCUGCAUGGAGACUCUGCCGGAAUUUCGGGAUGAGAGAGACCAAUCCAAAGUGGCCCCCACAGCCAACGGCACUGCCCCCUACGUGCCGAGCCCGUUCACAGACCCCUUCUUUGUGAUUGAGACCCUGUGCAUCAUAUGGUUCUCUUUCGAGUUGCUGGUCCGGUUUUUCGCCUGCCCCAGCAAAACGUGCUUCUCCAAAAACAUCAUGAAUAUCAUCGACAUUGUUGCGAUAAUCCCCUACUUCAUCACUCUGGGGACCGAGCUGGCCGAGAAGGAGACCAACGGCGGCCAGCAGGCCAUGUCCCUCGCCAUCCUCAGGGUGAUCAGACUGGUGAGGGUCUUUCGCAUUUUUAAGCUGUCGCGUCACUCAAAGGGACUCCAGAUUUUGGGACAGACCCUCAAGGCGAGCAUGAGGGAGCUCGGCUUGCUCAUAUUCUUCCUUUUCAUCGGGGUUAUCCUCUUCUCCAGCGCGGUUUACUUUGCGGAAGCAGACGACCCCUCGUCCAGUUUCACCAGCAUCCCGGAUGCGUUUUGGUGGGCGGUGGUCACCAUGACCACGGUGGGAUAUGGGGACAUGCACCCGGUGACGAUCGGUGGCAAAAUCGUGGGCUCGCUGUGCGCAAUAGCGGGCGUGCUGACCAUCGCCUUACCCGUACCAGUGAUCGUGUCCAAUUUCAACUACUUUUACCACAGGGAGACUGAUGGAGAGGAGCAUCCACAGUACGUGCACACCAGCAGCUGCGAGCACCUCCCCGCGGAGGAGCUGAAGAGGUCGUGCAGCUCCUCGUCCCUCAGCAAGUCUGAGUGCAUGGUGAUAGAGGAGAGCAUCAACGGCGCGUUCAAGCGGACCAACUGCUCCAUCGAAAACAACCAGAACUGCGUGAACAUCACGAAGAUCUUCACAGACGUGUAAAUGAACCCCAGAGUGGAGCAUGAACACUUAGUAGAUAUAUUAUAUUUUAUUUAUAUAAAUGUAUAGCCCAUCAUAACGUGUCCGUCCAUAUCAUGUGGAUGCAUGCGUGCGUCAUAUUGGUUUUGUAGUUUUUUUAAUGUAGUCUAUAAGCGAACUCGUUUUUUCUUGGUUCCAUGUGUGAUUCACAUGUUUUGAGUAUUUCUAAGAGAUCAAGAAGUAUUAAUAAGAACCGGAAAGAUUCGCGCUGGAAAAGUAGCCAUGUCAUUUCGGCUGCAGCUGGUAAAACAAACAACAACAACAACAACAUGUAAUAAAGGAAGCGGCUUGUUGAAUGUUUGUACAGCCACUCGAUGCCUAUAUCUUGAUGUGUAUCCGAAGGUUGUUGGUGUUCAUAUACACGUGUAGCAUAUAGUCUACUAUAUCGCAUUUACCAAAACUUUGUGCUUCGUGGAAAGAAAAGUGUCAAUGUCCAGUAAUGUAAUGAAUAGACUGCUACUUUAUAGCCAAAUGUCUGUUUUAGGUUAUAUUUAAUAUCAUAACUUGUCGAGAUGUUGGACUCUGAGUCUUGUUCACAUAACUAUUCAGGUAAUAACACAGAGUGGUGCAGAUGGAAACACUUAUCAUGAGAUGUUUUUGUAAAUUUUUAUUUUUAUUCAGAGCUGCCUAUAUAGCCUAUAUUAAA